CGUUUUCAUGACUGGGGGGUCGCGGCCCCCAGUGUUGCUCCCCACCCCGGCCCCGGGGAGCCUGGCCCUUGCCCCGCGCCCCCCGCCGACAGAUUGAGCAGGGAGACAGUAUGAGCUGGUCACCUUCGCUGCCCACCCAAACAUGCGGCGCCUGGGAAAUGAGAGAGCGCCUUGGCACCGGGGGAUUUGGAAAUGUCAUCCGAUGGCAUAAUCAGGAAACAGGUGAGCAAAUCGCCAUCAAGCAGUGCCGCCAGGAGCUCAGCCCUCGGAACCGAGACCGUUGGUGCCUGGAGAUCCAGAUCAUGAGACGGCUGAAUCACCCCAAUGUGGUGGCUGCCCGGGAUGUCCCUGAGGGGAUGCAGAACUUGGCACCCAACGACUUGCCCCUGCUGGCCAUGGAGUACUGUCAGGGAGGAGACCUGCGCAAGUACCUGAACCAGUUUGAGAACUGCUGUGGCCUGCGGGAAGGAGCCAUUCUCACCCUGCUGAGUGACAUUGCCUCUGCACUUAGAUACCUUCACGAGAACAGAAUCAUCCACCGAGACCUGAAGCCUGAAAACAUCGUGCUGCAGCAAGGAGAGCAGAGAUUAAUACACAAAAUCAUUGACCUAGGAUAUGCCAAGGAACUGGAUCAGGGCAGUCUUUGCACCUCCUUUGUGGGCACCUUGCAGUACCUGGCGCCCGAGCUGCUGGAGCAGCAGAAGUACACGGUGACCGUGGAUUACUGGAGCUUCGGCACCUUGGCCUUCGAAUGCAUCACCGGCUUCCGGCCCUUCCUCCCAAACUGGCAGCCUGUGCAGUGGCAUUCCAAAGUCCGGCAGAAGAGUGAGAUGGACAUUGUGGUUAGUGAAGACUUGAACGGCAUGGUGAAGUUUUCAAGCUCCUUACCCUACCCCAACAAUCUUAACAGCAUUCUAGUCCAGCGCCUGGAGAAGUGGCUGCAGCUGAUGCUGAUGUGGCAUCCCCGGCAGAGGGGCACAGAUCCCACGUAUGGGCCCAACGGUUGCUUCAAGGCCCUGGAUGACAUCUUAAACUUAAAGCUGGUUCACAUCUUGAACAUGGUCACGGGCACCAUUCACAGCUAUCCAGUUUCCGAGGACGAGAGCUUGCAGAGCUUGAAGGCCAGAAUCCAGCAGGACACCGGAAUCCCAGAAAAGGACCAGGAGCUCCUGCAGGAGGCAGGCCUGGCAUUGAUCCCCGACAAGCCUGCCACUCAGUGUAUCUCAGAUGGCAAGCUCAACGAGGGCCGCACGCUGGACAUGGAUCUUGUUUUUCUCUUCGACAACAGCAGAAUCACCUAUGAGACUCAGAUCUCACCACGUCCUCAACCUGAAAGCGUCAGCUGUAUCCUUCAGGAGCCCAAGAGGAAUCUCCCUUUUUUCCAGCUGAGGAAAGUGUGGGGCCAGGUCUGGCACAGCAUCCAGACCCUGAAGGAGGACUGCAACCGGCUGCAGCAGGGACAACGAGCUGCCAUGAUGAAUCUCUUACGUAACAACAGCUGCCUUUCCAAGAUGAAGAAUUCCAUGGCUUCCAUAUCUCAGCAGCUCAAGGCCAAGUUGGAUUUCUUUAAAACCAGUAUCCAGAUCGACCUGGAAAAGUAUAGUGAACAAACCGAGUUUGGAAUCACAUCAGAUAAGCUGCUGCUGGCCUGGAGGGAGAUGGAACAGGCCGUGGAGCAGUGUGGCCGGGAGAAUGAAGUGAAAAUUCUAGUGGAGCGGAUGAUGGCCCUGCAGACCGACAUCGUGGACCUGCAGAGGAGCCCCAUGGGCCGGAAGCAGGGGGGCACGCUGGAUGACCUAGAGGAACAAGCAAGGGAGCUUUACAGGCGGCUGAGGGAAAAGCCACGAGACCAGCGCACAGAUGGGGACAGUCAGGAAAUGGUGCGGCUGCUGCUGCAGGCCAUCCAGGGCUUUGAGAAGAAAGUGCGAGUGAUUUAUACGCAGCUCAGCAAAACCGUGGUCUGCAAGCAGAAGGCCCUGGAGUUGCUGCCCAAGGUGGAAGAGGUGGUGAGCUUGAUGAGUGAGGAUGAGAAGACCGUGGUGCGGCUGCAGGAGAAGCGGCAGAAGGAGCUGUGGAACCUCCUGAAGAUUGCGUGUAGCAAGGUCCGUGGUCCUGUCAGCGGGAGCCCAGACAGCAUGAAUGCUUCUCGACUGAGUAACCCCGGGCAGCUCCUGUCUCAGCCUUCCCCUGCUUCGGACAGCUUACCCGAGUCAGCCAAGAAGAGUGAAGACCUGGUAGCUGAAGCACAUUCUCUGUGCAGCCAGCUGGAAAGCGCAAUGCAAGACACCGUGAAGCAACAGGACCAGAGACUCAUGACUCUGGACUGGAGCUGGUUACAGACAGGAGAAGAAGAGCAGAGCAGCCUGGAACAGGCAUUGUGACUGUGUGGCCUGAGGCUCUUCUGAAGCAGCGCUCCUGCCCUGGUGAGGGCCCAGUGGUCUAAGCACCAGGACAGGGCUCUCCCUUUCCUAACAGCUGUGACCAAAGGCGUGGCCCUCAGCGAGCAGCACUGGCCCGUUGUCUGCACACUGGAAGCCCUCCAUCACAGAGUCCCGGCAAACGUUGAAACCAGUCACAAGCAUUCAGGGAAGUAAAGCCACAGCAGCUACUUCAUCCACUGAAAGUUCUCAAGUACACAGAGGUGCCCGACAAACCUCUGGGCUGAUGCCUUUACUUGAACCUUCCAGAACAGAGUCUGAGCAGCACCUGGUGCUGCUGGCCUGUCCUCUCCUGAACCCGUCUAGCGGUUUGUGUCACCUGUCCUUUAUCACCUCACAGCUGGUGUCUCAUCCGGAUUUAGCUCUUGAAAAGACUUUUUAAUCGUGGAUUUGGCCUGGCCCCAUGCCCUUUUCCUGUUGUUGUUUUACUGCUGCUAAAAUUUUAUUUUUACUACGACUUUGGUGGUCACCCUCCUUCUCAGCAAGGUUGGUAGUGAGUGGUAAGCUCCACCCACCCCGCCCAGCCCCACCACUGGCCAAAGUGACUCACUGGGGCCAGGAUGGAAGAGAGACUGCCUUUUUUGAGUUCCAAAGAUUACCCGGGAGUGAUCUGUCAUGAAGAAAAUGGAAAGGAGGAAGGGGUAUCCCUGUCCGUUGUCCACUGUGCCCAUGUCUCCCGUGUCCACGCACAAACACAGCUGGGUGUGAUGGUGGGGGCAUGGGAGCUCUCCUGCCUCUGAAAACACCUAGCAGUAUUAUUAAAUGAAUUUAUUUUUUAAA